AUGGGCAACCCCCAAAGGAAAGCUUCUGGUCCUCAUCCAGGAGCCCUCUGUGGUCAACAGAGGAAGCGUCCUGAGUGUGCUCUCCAGCAGGGUGAUCUCCAGACCUCCCUUCUCAGCAGUUGUGUGGUGAGGACCCAGGACAGCCAGCUCCUUGUUUUUGAUGAAAAGUCCAGAGUAUCACGAAGAACUGAGGCCCAGGACCCUGCAGCCUUCAAUCCUCUCAUCGCCCAAGGCACUCAGACACACACCCCCCCCCCAACACUCCCUCACCCCUCUGCAGCCUUUCUGGGGGGGCCAGGUGAGGGGCCCCCCUGCGGCACUGGCCUCGGGUGGGCAGGUGAGGGGCUGGGGACCAGCGGCAAGAACCGGCGCGUGUGCCACGCUGCGGCACGGCUGGAGAUGGGCAGCCUCUGGGAGGAGUUCAACCGCCUGGGCACCGAGAUGAUCGUCACCAAAGCGGGCAGGAGGAUGUUUCCCACCUUCCAGGUGAAGCUGUCGGGGCUGGACCCGUUGGCCGACUACGUCCUGCUCAUGGACUUCAUCCCCCUGGAUGACAAGAGAUACAGGUACGCCUUCCACAGCUCUUCCUGGCUGGCAGCGGGACGGGCCGACCCGGCAGCCCCCGGUCGUGUCCACUUCCACCCCGACUCGCCGGCCAAAGGGGCUCAGUGGAUGCGGCAGAUCGUCUCCUUCGACAAGCUCAAGUUGACCAACAACCUCCUGGACGACAACGGCCACAUCAUCCUCAACUCCAUGCAUCGCUACCAGCCCCGCUUCCACGUCGUCUUCGUGGACCCGCGCCGGGACAGUGAGCGCUUUGCCCACCAGAACUUCAAGUCUUUCAGCUUCCCCGAGACCCAGUUCAUGGCGGUGACGGCUUACCAGAACCACCGGAUCACUCAGCUGAAGAUCGCCAGCAACCCCUUUGCCAAGGGCUUUCGGGAUGGUGACCCUGAGCCAUGGUGCGGGGUGCCGGCAGGGUCGCUGUUGGGUGCAAUGCCCCGCGCCCGGGCCACCGUGCUGCCCUCCUGCCCUGAGAAGCAGGAGAAAGGGGCUCCCCGCAGCCGUGGGGCACUGGCCACCGCCGUGGCCCCCCAACCAGUCCCACCGGGAGCUCCCCCCGGUUUCUCCGAGCUGCCCACCCCCCCCUUCCAGCCCCUCGCCUGCCCCCCCGGUGUCUAUGUGGGGGCCAAACCCCGCACCCUGCCCUACCCCCUGCCCCCCUUCCCCCCGCUCAGCACCUACAGCACCACCCCGGCCCCCACCUUUGGCUACGGGCAGCAGUGA